AUGACUGUCGACAGGUUCCCGGAGCCCAAGCUCAAGUCGCCAGACGCACUCGACACGCUCCUCCGCGAGCGCGUCGCGAAGCGCGACCUCCCCGCCAUCUUCCUCGGGGCAACGAACGCGGACGAGACGAUCUACCUGAACCAGGCGGGUGAGCGCGUGUUCGGCAACGCUGCCGCGGGAGAGGUCAACGAAGAUACGCUCACCUCGGUCGCGUGCCUGCAGCUCGUGGACCAGGGACUCGCGACGCUCGACGACCCCGCGCUCAUCCGCAAACACCUGCCCGAGCUCGACGGCAUUCCCAUUCUCGAGGGCUACGAGGACGGGAAGCCGGUCCUCGUCCCCUCCACCAACCCCGUGACGCUGCGCAACCUGCUGUCGCACACGUUCGGGAGCAUCCUGCCGAUCAUCUCGCCGCUGAUGACGCGCUACUUCGAGGACGCGGGCUGCCAUAACCUCUUUGCGCCCGGCACCAAGGUGUCGGACAUGGUGACGCCGCUCGUGUUCAACCCCGGCGAGGGCUGGAGCUACGGGUACUGCAUCGACUGGGCGGGCGUGCUGGUGGAGCGCAUCAGCGGCCUGCGGCUCGACGAGUACUUUGAGCGCAACAUCUGGGCGCCGCUCGGGAUCAAGCACAUGGAGUGCUUCCCGACCGACGAGGUCAAGGCGAAGAAGAUGUGGGUGUGCAUCCGCAACGAGGCGGGCGAGCCGCAGGUCAUGCCGACCGGCUUUGGACUGGGCCGCGCCGAGCGGCCAGAGGACGUCGGCGUCGUCCUCGGCGGCGGGGCGCUGUACGGCAGUCAGAAAGAGUACCUCGCCUUCCUCCGGGGCAUCCUCCGCUCGGACCCGCGCUACCAGGGCUCGGGGCACGCGCUGCUGAGUCCGAAGAGCUACGCCGAGCUGUUCACCCCGUCCGUUGCGCCGGACCACCCCGGCAUGCCCACCCUCGUCGGCAUGGUGAACGGGUGGAUCCCCUUCGAGCCCGCAACCGAGCACACGCUGAGCCACAGCGUCGGCUUUGCGCUCUCGCUGGCGGACAAGCCGGGACGGCGGCGCGCGGGCAGCGGGUUCUGGGGCGGCGCGUGCAAGACCAACUACUGGAUCGAUCCCGCGACGGGCCUCGCCGGGGUGGCGGGCACGAGCCUGCGCAACGGGCAGGAUCCGUGGGAGGGGUUCAACAUUGAGUUUGAGCGGGUGCUGUACGCGUCAUUGGCUUAA